AUGACGGCAAAUCCAGCUGUUUUGACUGACCGAUUUUUGGCAACUUUUCAUGCAAGGUGCAAAAUGAUUUUUGGGAAAGCAAUUCCUUUCACAUUGCUUACAAUUGCAAUUUCAAAUGAGUUACCUACAAUAUUUACAACACGCUCGCCCAUUUUGAAUGAACCAAAGGAUGAUGCUUUUUCUGUGGCCAGCAAAGGGAAACAUAGCAAUUCUCAUUACUCGCCAUCCAACAAUGACACCGGUCUUUAUAUUCAAACAUUCAUAAAGGGUAUUGAAAUUCCUCGCGACGACAUUUUACGAUGGGAGGCGAGACGCAUACAGGUUGUCAAAAAACGACUUGAAAAUGGAUUAUUGUCGCUGUUGAAACAAGAAGUCAAACACUUUUUGUUUAAUCCCAAGGUUUCCAUUGAUGAUAUUGCUGCUGAACGGGAAGCUUUGGUUCAGACAAAAUUAAGAAUGAGCCAUGAUGGUAGAAAGAGAUUGGUGGCACGAGAAACCAACAUUUCGGGAGCUGUUUCCCUGUUGAUAUUGAAAACACUGACAGGCUUCUCCUCAAGCUCUAUUCACAUGAAGAGCAAUAAAGGAACUGCCGAAGGUUUCAAAAAAUGGUUUGAAUCAAAGGUUUCCGAUGAAAAGGUAAUGCUUCAAGCAUGCCCUGAUCAUUAUGCUCUUGGUACCGCUUUUGGCUUGGGACAGGAGGUUGUAGAAACAACGGGCGGAUCUGUUUUACCAUCCCAUUUUGCUAUCAACUACCUAGCUAAAUCUGACUUGCCUAUUGUUGAAGAUAAAGACUUUCCCCAUCAGUUCAAUGGACCAGCUUAUAGAAAUGGCACCGAAACAGUGAUUGGAGGCACGAAUCACUUAAUGCGUUCGAUUCCAAAUAAUGGAGGUUUUGAGAUCAUACCAAAAGUGUUUUUCCCGAGUGGCGUUCCAACUUACCUUUUGGAGCAGCAUCGCUGGCAUUUGGCUACUGAGUGGGGAAACUGGAUCACUGCUUAUGUCAACGAUGAGGUGGGAAGUGAGAAGAGGAGUGCAGGGGUAUAA